AUGAGCAGAGCAGCUGGUUGCAAGAAAAAAAGUUAUUAAACAAAAAGAGCUGGCGGCAUAAGGGGAGGGGACGCACGAAACGAAACUGCAUGUCACGUCGCUGUGGCCGCCAGAUACUCGUCAAUUGCCGUUAAAUAAGUCAACAAUUGGAAGCUGAAGCAGAAGUUCCUCCGCUGGCACUGACUGUGCUCUGCUCGCUGCUUCUGCCUGGUGUUGGUUGUUCAACGUCACCGAAUUCGUAAAUUGUUCCACGAGCGGGUCUUACGGAAUGAGUAAAAUGUUCAUAAAAUGCAUAUAAGUGUUGUGUCGCCGUCGUUUAGUGCUCUUCUUGUGUGUGUGAUAUAAUAAAGGAAAACAAAACGGCUUGAAAUAUUUACCAGACCAAUACUGUAAUUUUCGCCGCUGCCACCAUCCCAUCCAUCCCGCACCACCCAAUCAACAAGCUGUUGCAACAUGUCGUCGAAUGAGGCCUAUCACAAGAACGUUGAGCCGGGCGCCGGCGGCGAUGGUCCAGGCGGUUCGAGUGCGAGUGGGAGUAAUGGAGGAGCAUCAGGGAGCAGCCAUAGCAAUCAAUUGCAUCACCAGCAGAUACUCAAUGAGACCACAUAUCUGAAACCGGCCGCCAAGCAGGCCUACUUCAGCGAUGAAAAGGUCCUCAUACCCGAAGAUGAUCGCACAAAUAUGGGUUUCAGUUUUCGCAAGCUGUGGGCCUUCACGGGACCCGGUUUUCUCAUGUCCAUUGCAUAUCUAGAUCCCGGCAACAUCGAAUCCGAUUUGCAGUCGGGUGCCGCCGCCAAGUACAAAAUCUUGUGGGUCUUGCUUUGGGCCACUGUCUUGGGUCUACUCAUGCAACGCUUGGCCGCAAGGCUGGGUGUGGUAACGGGCUUGCAUCUGGCUGAAAUGUGCUAUCGCCAGUACAAGCGUCUGCCGCGUUGGAUACUCUGGAUCAUGAUUGAGAUAGCCAUCAUUGGAUCCGAUAUGCAGGAGGUCAUUGGCACGGCCAUUGCCAUAUAUCUGCUAUCGAAUAAAGCUGUGCCUUUAUGGGGUGGAGUGUUGAUCACUAUUGUUGACACGUUCACGUUCCUGUUUCUGGAUAAAUACGGUUUACGUAAGCUGGAGUUCCUAUUUGGGUUCCUCAUCACCAUCAUGGCUGUCACAUUUGGCUAUGAGUAUAUUGUCUCUGCGCCCAAUCAAGUCGAGGUGCUUGAGGGCAUGUUUGUGCCCUGGUGCUCUGACUGCAAUUCAAAUGUACUGCUGCAGGCAGUGGGUGUCGUAGGAGCUGUCAUCAUGCCACACAAUCUGUACUUGCACUCGGCUUUGGUCAAGUCCCGUGAUAUCGAUCGCCGCCAGCCAAAGAAAGUGAGCGAAGCGAAUUUCUACUUCUUUAUUGAGGCCUCCGUGGCCUUGUUUGUGUCGUUCAUCAUCAACCUCUUUGUGGUGUCCGUCUUUGCCCAUGGAAUGUAUGGCAAGACCAAUAAGGAUGUGCUCGAUAUCUGCACAAACAAAUCGAUGUACGAGGAUGCAAAAAUGUCGUUUGUGGACCACCAGAAUGGAACGGCCAUCAUCGAUGCGGAUCUGUACAAGGGCGGUCUUUUCCUGGGAUGCACUUUCGGUGCUGUGGCCAUGUACAUUUGGGGCGUGGGUAUACUGGCCGCUGGCCAGAGCUCCACCAUGACUGGCACCUAUGCGGGUCAGUUCUCGAUGGAGGGUUUCCUCAAUCUGCAAUGGCCGCGCUGGUGUCGCGUGCUGGUCACGCGCUGCAUUGCCAUCAUCCCCACAUUCUGUCUGGCCAUGUUUAGCAAAAUGGAUGAUCUAACCAACAUGAAUGACAUCCUGAAUGCGGUGAUGUCUCUUCAGUUGCCCUUCGCUGCAAUACCCACCAUAGCGUUUACCUCAUGUGCGGCAAUUAUGGGAGAGUUUGUCAAUGGAUUGGGCAACAAAAUCGUUUCUAUCUGUCUGACGAUUGUGGUAAUUGGCGUCAAUCUUUACUUUGUAAUUGUCCAAGUGGAGAACAUGCAGAUCCAAGGCGGUCUACUGGCUUUAGUUUGCAUAUUUGCCAUUCUAUAUAUACUAUUUAAUUUAUAUCUUGUGAUACACAUGGCCGCCUGCAUGGGCAAUCAGCGUCUAAUGAAUAGUCGGUGGGUGCAGCGUUUUGUGUUGCCAAGCCAGAACAGCUUUUCGAUAAAGAAUGCCAACUCAACGUAUGCCAGUGACGUAACCUUAGUUGUAGGCGAAUCAGCUACUAACAAAACGGUGAAAGGUCUUGAAACCGUUUCGGAGAAGGUUCCUAACUGAAUCAUCUUGGUGACUCAUUAUGGCUAACCUCCCGCCCACACACAAAUUCCCUUGUGAUAUUAACACUAAAUCACACGCUUAACAACACUAACAAGUACCUAAUAGGGCUUUACAAAACUCUAGAAUUUACGAGCAUAAGGCAUGUCUUUAGGGGAUCUACGUUUAUACAUACAGCAUUUACCCCAUCAAUGGUGGGAUCCUAUAGAUAGUAAGAAUAAUAUAACACUGGUAAGUCUUCACUGAUUGCUUUAUCAAGCAUUGUGGGGUAUUUUGUACUUUAUAAGGCUUUUGGACGCUUAGCACGUUGAAUAAAGUUUGCAUUUAUGACUUCGAAUUACUUGGAAAAGUCUUUAAAUUUAUUGUUGAUUGGUCUCGGCUUUAAGUACUAAGAGAAGACCGUUCUAAACUGUAUUCUGAUUGAAAAGAAGGAUGAAACGGAACACGUAUCUAAAGUGGAUGGCCAAAGAACAUGAAGGAAGACAAUUGGAGAUCUUUCUUACCAAAUAUUUCUUAUAUUUUUGAAGUUUCAUAAUAGUUAUAGCUCUAGUCAACCGCGGAUUAGCUUUAAUUUAAGGGUUUCUGGUUUGUGGGUUGGUUCAAGGGUUAUCAAAAGCACAGUGGGCGUGGUACCCUCAACAUUAAACUUAAUCACAAAAAUUUAAUUAAAAUAAAACUAAAAACAAAAUAUGAUUUGCUAAAUUUAAAAUUCUUGUAUUAUAUGUGCUCGACAACCCUGUUCUCUCUUACCUGUGUUUUGUGUUCUAUCACUGUCUCUCUCUCUGUUCUCUCUCUCUUCAUGUACUGUAUUAUACUACACCCCACUCUUAUACUCUCUGUCUUCUACUUAUACCGGAUUGAUUGAUGUUUCCCAUUCAUUUUGUGGCUAAUUGAAAUGUACAAAACCUACAACAAAAUACAAAAAAUAUUCCCAAUUGACACACAAAAACAAACAAAAACACACACGCACACACGAACAACAAAAUUGUAUAUUCUAUUUAUGUGGAAAUGGAUUUUUUGGCAUUGAUACAAAA